UGGGGCCAUUUUUUAGAAAAAACCAUGGGCUAUAGUACAGUGUCUUUUGUUAAUUUUUUGUUAUUUUGUAGAGACAAGGCAGUAACACCAGGGUCAGGGCCUGCCUUCACUCCAUUCAAGAAAACGCUCUCCACCCCCUCUCAGAGAGGAUCUGGUGUUCCUAAAAGACUUCUAACGUCCGUUCCUUUUGUCUCCUCUCCUCGUCACUCCUCCAGACCACAGAGGAACAAACCUGUGCAAGAUCCUUCAGCUACUCCUCCACAGUCUCCUUUAUUAAUGUCCUCAGUCCAUCGUAGCAGUACAAAGAAGGGAAGGAUGGAUAUGAACGUGUUCAUGGAGCGAAUGGAAGGUUUUAAAGCAAGGAUGGCUAUACUCAACGCUAUGAACAGAAAUGAAGAUAGGGAUCCUAUUAUUAUCAAGACUCCACUCCCAAGUCGGUCCAUACUUGCCACGCCUACUUCAAUUUUAAAAGCAAAACCGACAAUAUCUCAAACGUCUUCACCUCCAGUUUUUACUGACACGACCACAAGACGUAUCAGGUUUGCUCUCGAAGAUUCGGGAGAGAAGUUAAGUUCUAGCGCUAUUGCUAUAGCAACGCCACUCCCACCUUCUGACGAUGAGUCUGAUUCAUUUUAUUCACUCGAUGGUUCAGGUGAUGAGAUGGGCGGAGACAAUGAAGGCAUGGCUCAAGCUACCAUAGCAUCCCCUCCAUCAUUUGCUAAUGAGGUCGUACUAGGUGACGCUGGUGGUAGAGACGAAGGGGAGAUGGAGGGGUCGUUUAUUGCUGCAGAAGAUGAAGAGGAAGAAAAGGAGCAAGAGCAGUCUGUGUCCACUUCCCAACUAAAAUCUGCUCUCAAACUGACUCCUAGUUCUCUUCGUUCCUCUUAUGUACCACCUGCUCCAGUCAGUAUGGACACUGUCUCUUUAUCUCCUGUCAUCAAAAUACCAAAGAGACGUCUUCCAGGAUCAAAGAUGGCUUCGAAACCAUCAACAUCUGCACACACCCCAGUUCAUUCCAGUGUGAUGGUAUCCACUCAAGAGUACACAUUCUCUCCCCCGAGCACUGUUGCUCCUCCCCCUCCCCCUCCUAGUGCUGUUACCCCAAUGACAGUUGAUGAUGAAGCUAGCGCUGCACCUGUUCAAGAAAAGACAAAGUACGUAUUCUCUCCUCCUCUUCUUCGCUCGGCUAGUCGUGAGAGGAAAAAUAAAGAACUCUCACAGUUUGGAACUGGACUUGAUGCAGAUACACCAAGCACAAG